CUUAAACAAAGAAACUCUCUGCACCAAAACAUUUAGAACGAAGAACCCUUCAAACACCAAUGCAUUCUCUUGAGUCAACGUUUAAUUGAGUUUAUAGUCCGCGUAUCUGCAAUCUGCGAUGAUAAACCAGCGAGGAAGAAACCCCGGAAGUUAGCAACACGCGUUUUUUGUGCGUAAAAAAAUGUGUAAAGUCAAAAAGCUGAGAGCCUUCAUGGAGCAGCGACUAAAUGCUGUCGUGGAAGAAAUAUUUGGGAUGUUUGAAAUAACCAUAGCAGAGUACGAGGAGGAACUUUCCAGAACUAAAUGGGAGAAAGGGCGACACCUUGAAAUGCUGGAGGCUGUGCUACACAGAGCAGAAAUCCAGCAGGUGACAGUGGAGAGUCAAGAGGAGAUUCCAUCUCAACAGCAGGAGUGGAGUUUCAGUGUGGGGCAAACGGAGCUAGAGCCCCUCCACUUUAAAGAUGAUGAGGAGAAACUAUGGGAGCAGCCUCAAUGGUUGGAGGAGACUGACGAUGAUGGAGAGGCUUAUUUUUCACACCUUCAUCACAGUCAACGUGAGGAGAUCAGAGGGGCGGAGCUUCCAGCUCAACACAUCACAGAAACUGAUGGAGAGAAUCGUGAAGGCAUAAACUCAGAACCAGACAGCAUCUUUGCUCCGUUGUCAGACAUAGACAACAUCAUGUCAGACUCUACUGAGAGCGAUCACGGUGACGGCAUCCAAAAAUCUUUGGAAAGUGAGAAGAACUCUGAAGACAACCAGCAGGAGUCAGUGAAGAGAGAAGCAAAGAUUCCCUCCGAGCAGCAGGAGUGGAGCUCUAACGUGUGGCAGGAUGAGCCACCUCUCCCCCGCAUUAAAGAGGAAGAGGAGGAACCGUGGAAGCAGCUUCAUAUACUGGAGGAGGACAAUGUCACCAUGUUGACGUCUGCUGCCGUCUUUAUGCGGAGUCAGGGCGACGAAGACGAUGAGGGUCAGUCCAUUCAUCUUCACCACAGUCAAAGUGAGGAAAACAGAGGCGCGGAGCCUCCAAAUCAUUGCAUGACAAUAGAAGGUGUUGGAGACGGCACGUCAGACUCUUCUGAGACGGAACUCAGUGACGAGGACAAAGAACCGUUAGAUGGUAAUAAGGACUCUAAAAGUCAUAUGAGACAUCACACUGACAAAAAACACUUUGACUGCUUGGAAUGCGGGAAAUCAUUUAAGGAAAGAGGGAGUCUGAAUCGACACGCAAGAACACACACCGGAGAGAAACCCUUUGUUUGCCCAGUUUGCGCUAAAAGAUUCUCUACAUCAGAUCACAUGAAUAGACACAUGAUGAUACACACAGGGCAGAAUCCCUUUUCAUGUUCCGUUUGUGCUAAAAGAUUCAAGAAGAAAUACGAAAUGAUGUUGCACAUGAGAAUGCACACAGACGAGAAACCUUUCACCUGUUCAGUUUGCAAUAAGGGUUUCUCCAGAAAGCAGUAUUUGACCACACACAUGAGAUCGCAUAUGGAGGAGGAGCAGUUCACCUGCCCGCUUUGCCCUAAAAGAUUCACCUGUAAAAAUUAUGUCAUGAUACACAUGAGAACGCACACUGGAGAGAAACCGUUCAGCUGUGACGUGUGCGAUAAAAGGUUCACGUAUAAGUAUCAGGUCAGCAGACACAAGUGUGCAACAGUGUUGGAAGCUGCUGGGACUUAAUUACACUCAAACUGUGAUUGUGCUUAGAUGGGUCAUAUGUUUUUUUCUACAUUUAAAACAUGUAAUGGUGGUUCUUUAGCCAACAUUUUGCAUUGAUUAUGUUUUACAGACCAUCUUCAAACCACUUUCUGACAGUCUCUUCACUUUGCGCCAUUCUGUAGGCGGUCUUAUUUACGUUCCUCCACUUUGACUGCAGGCAGCACGGUGGAACAGGGGUUAGUCCUGAGGGAUUUUCUGUGUGGAGUUUGCAUGUUCUCCCCGUGACUGCGUGGGUUCCCUGCGGGUACUCCGGCUUCCUCCCACCCCCAAAGACAUGCACCUGGGGAUAGGUUGAUUGGCAACACUAAAUUGACCCUAGAGUGUGAAUGUGAGUGUGAAUGUUGUCCGUCUAUCUGUGUUGGCCCUGCGAUGAGGUGGCGACUUGUCCAGGGUGUACCCCGCCUUCCAGCCGAAUGCAGCUGAGAUAGGCUCCAGCAAAGGGACAAGCGGUAGAAAAUGGAUGGAUGGGCACUUUGACUGCGUCUUCUCCCCGCCAGCCAUGUUGUAGUUUUUAGCACAUCCAUACCAAGUGCACUGAAGGAUUAAGUUCAAACUGUACGUUACUUUGUAUUAGAAAUGGCAACAGUUUAGAAUGCAUGUGCACGUACGAGUACGUCUGCCUCACGACAAGAGGAUACAGAAAAAUUACCUUAUUAAUUACAACGGCGGACUCGCCCAACGUUCUUCGGGUAAAUCCGCUGAAAACGUCUGUCACAACGGUUCAUUUAGUCCAAUGGGACUCAAACUUUUUCCACCAAGUAAGACCUCAGAAAACAUGACUCUCCAAGUACCACCAUGAUGACCAACAUUAAAAUACUAGUAUUCAUUCAAAACAAGGCAGAGGUUUUAUUUAACAUGUACAUCUAAUAUUUUUGGCCACUGUAACACACACAGUGCACAAACAUCAUAAUAAAUGAUACUGCAUGUAAAGUACAUUGUUAGACUGGUUUGGCGUACCACUAAAUGGAGCCCGGUACCACAGUUUAAGAAUCACUGGUUUAGCGGAAGUAUGAUUAUCUCCGCAGUGCCUCUACGGCUUGAUUCCAAAUUUUAGGGCCUUUUAGCAAAUCCCAAUUAAACAAAAACAGGUACCAAUAGGUAAAGAAAAGUUGGUUUAGCAUAGCUAUUUAAUGUACUUUAAAAACACAUGGUGGUGCUUCUCAUGUUUUUUUUUAUUUGUAUAAAAACGUUUGGUGUGUAAAUGACCAAUAAUCCACCAAUACUUUAGUAUUUACUGUCACUUUAGUAAUAACUGUCACUUGAUUGUCAUUUGAUGUUUUAAUAAAAUCAACCCCACACUUAA